CAGAGGUGGCCGUGGCUGCCCUGAGGUUGUGGGCUCUGAGCCAUGGGGAGCUGCAUGAUGUGGGAAUGGAAGGCUUUUGGACACUGGGGCUCCCUGGGGCUUGGAAAUGGUUGCUGCUUGGGACACUGGGAGGAGCAGCUGUCGUGUAGCUGGUGGCCAUGAAACCCUUGUUCUUGAGAUCCUGAUCUCUCGAGCUAUAAGCUGGGGACAGAAACCUCCCUAACCCAUUGCUCCCGGUCCCUGGUGGCCUCUGGCGCUGCCCACGUGUGACACACACAGCCACCUCUCCUGGGGGUCUGGGGCUGGUGGCCGGCAGCUGCCAAGCACUGGGCCCACUGGCCAUGGCCACCCCGCAGCGCCGCUGACAGCAAAGUGGACAGGCCCUUGCAGAGACAGAUUGGAAACUGAGAACCAAUGCGCUGAAGAAAAAUGUCCUUCCCACACAGCCCAGCCUGUCCUCCUCCCUCCCCCAGCAAUGCUGCUGGUGAGCUGCAGCCGUGCCAAGCCAGGGCACUGGGGACCCGGCAAAGCGCUGGUGCCUAUGAGAAGGAGAGAGCCAAGGGCAAGGGCAGGGAGCACAGAUGGAGCAGGCAGCCUCGAGAAGGCUGCUCCUGUGAUGCAGCAGGCACCUCCUGGAAGAAGCACCUGGGGCUCUGCAGGCCUCCCUCUGCCUCCUGGCUCAGCAAACUGCCUUUCGGUGGAGGUCGCUGUGGAUGGGGCACUGGAGGUGGCUGUGUGGCUCCGGAGGCUGCCUCCCUUCGCUGCCUUCCUCCUGCCCACCCAUCUUUUGCCUCCACCUUUGCUUGCACAUUUGCUAGUGGGCCAGCUGGGCCCCUCAUCCUUUCCUCCCCAGUUAUUUUCUGGAUGGUUGUUCCUCUUCUUCCAGUGGCUGUAUAUCCUGAGAUCAAGCGCUGAGUGCUCUCCUCCUCCUCCUCGCUGUGUUGUCCCCUAGGACAGACCCAUUCAGCUUGCUCCUCCUCCUUCUCCACUUCGUUAAUGAGUCUCUUUGCACUAAGAAGUAGCUGCUGGGGGACCUGGGAGGACAGGCUGCACUGGGGACAGCAGUGGGGCAGCCACCAACCCAGCUCCCAUCUGGAUCUAGGCUUUGCGGUGCUAGGUGCUGGCUUGGGGUGCCGCUGUGGUUGCCCAGUGCUGGCUGAACCUGGCACUGGCUGUGCAGGGCUGGAGGGAGGUGGCAGGCAGGGAGUGCUUUGUGCUUCUCACCUGCAGUUGCAGGAGGUAAAUGAGUCAGUGAUGGGCAGCUCCCAGCUGCUCCGCUGUGGUUUUGCACCGUCCCUGUGGAGCGCAGAGCUCCCCACACUGCUUCAGGGCUUCUCCAUCAGGGUUGUCCUGGGCAGGGGGUGUGCAGCCCCUGGGAUGCCCUCCCAGCUCCAUCCCCACUGCAAAGCUCUGUGUGGCCACGGAAGCCCCUGCAAAGGCCCCUGCAUCUCAUGGGGGUCUUUCCACCGACCUUGGUGGGCUUUGGAUCCAGUGGGCUCCAUUGGGGCGCGCAGCAGCCUCCAGACCCUCACCCAGCAGCUGGUGCUGCAGCCUAGUAUGUGCUUGUUGGCAGCAGAGGGGUCUGUGCAGCAGCUGUAUGUGGUUCAGAGCUUUCUUAAUGAAAAUGAGUUUCAACGCACAUUUCGUGGGCAAAACCUUAACUUCACCAUGUCUCAACACUCUCCAAAACCUGAGAAACAGAGAUGGUUUCUUCUCGGUGGGGAGGGAGGCUCUUGUUGUCACUCUCUUUCAUAUGCACACACACACACACAGUGGUUCUUCUUUCUCUCCCAUCCCACUUUCCUCCUCCAAAAGACUUCGAACACUUUAUGGAAAUGUUAUUUUCUCCCCAAACUGUUGCCUUUCUGCUGCGUUCUCACCAAGCAGCCUGCUGGCUUUCCCUGGGCUCCGCUCCCAGCGCGGGCAGUCGCAGCCGUCCCACAAGUGCAAUGUCAGCGACAUCCCUGUGGUGACAGUGCUGAGCCAGAAGCACUUUUGAAGACGUCCACAGCCCUGUCCACAGCUGGCCUUCCUUGGCAGCUGCCCUGCCCCAGGGUGCUGUGCACGAGCCUGCUCCCCUUGCACAUGCCCAAGUGUGGGCUUCAUGCAAGGGUCCUGCAGGAAGGGACAGGGCCCGGAGACGGGCUGGAGGUGGGCUGGAGUUGAAAAACCCUUUGUUGUCUUGUACGAAGGGGACUGACUCACUGCUCUCCUGUGCUGUCAUAAGCAGAUGGAUGAUUUAAUCACCUAGCAACCAAAAUAACGUCAGGUGAGGAGCGCUACCCCAGCCGCUCUCAGCCCAUAGUCCCUCCAUCAGCCUGGUGGCAGGGGCCAGGCAACCUCCAGCCGCUCCCCAGUCCUCGGGCAGCCCUGGGCUGGGGCUGGCAGGGAGCCCUCUCCUGUGUGCCCCACCACAGUGCAGUGCAGGGCUCUGCCAUGCAACGCACAUGCAACUGGCAGCCCAACAGAAGGGGCUCCCAAAGCCAUGGCUGGAGUGGGGUGCACAGGGCCGUGAGGGGAGCCCGCAAGGCCAGCUCCUGGGAAGGCUGAACAUCCUGCCAGCAUCCACAGAGUGGCCAAACCUCCAGCACUAUUUCAGCAGGUUUCUGGCUAUCUGGAGCAUCCAGAGGUCCCUUAUGAGAAGAGGGUGGCUGGUGAUGGCUGGGAUCCACGAACUUGUCAGGACCCCCUUGUCUGCAUGCACUGCUCCAGCGUCAACCCUGAGCACCUUUGGCUCCUGCCAGGUCCUCUUGCCUGGCUCCUUCAAAGGAUGAGAAUAACCCCAGGAGCCAGUGUGUUCCUUCAGCUUCUUCUGUUAAGGACAGGGAGGUAUUUGCCUCCCCUGCCCAUGCUCAUGGCAUAGACCUGAUGCUGUCACCCCUGUUCUGAGAUGUCAGGUACCUCCUGAUGGCUCCAGCCAGGCUUUUGGCAUGAGCCAUUCACUACAACCCAUCCUGGCCCAAGCUGGGGCUGCAGGUGGCAAGAUCUCAUGGAGCAGAUUCUGAGCUGAGAGGGAUGACAAGUGCUGGGCAGGGAGAGGGCUGCCACAGCCUGACCUGGUGAGGCUCAGAGGUGGACACGGACAUGUGGCUACUGGCACCACGUGCAAGGUGAGGACGCAUCCGCUCAGGCUAUGAGCACCAUCUUCCUUGUGCGUUCACACUGCAGGACUGCCCAGGACUCUUUCCCUGAGUACCUGAUGCUUGGACCUCUGUGUCAAUGUGAGAUUGCUCCCAGUCCUGGGCUGGAGGGUGGGAUGGGGCAAGGCUGCUUGAUGAGAUGCUGACCUAGUCCGUCUUCCUCCCUCCAAAACAGCCAGCAAAUGUCCAGACUGGGGAUUGGGUUGUGCCUCACUGCCUCCUGGACGUGGAGAUGUGAGUGAUGGGGAGCAGUUACUCCCCUCCUCCAGAUGAUAGGCCCGAAGGAUGCGGGGCCACCAUGGCACCUGGGUUAGGGACAGGCUGGCACCAGCAUUGCAGCUGCCAGAGGCCAUGUAAAUAGGGCACCCUGUCUCCCAGAUCCUCUUUGUGGGACAGAGCUGAUAAAAUUAGCCGAUACACCCUGUUCUGCGCAGCACGCUGAGGAGGUCUUUGUGCCACCACGGCCCAGGGGAGCCAGGCAGCUCUACUUCGGUGCCUGCUUGUCCCAUUGAAGGUGAGCCAUUUCCAGGCAACGAGUUCCAGCCAGUUUGCUCCCUGUGCUACUCCAAGAAGUUGCGGGUCUAGGCAACCAUGUCCUCUCUCCUUUGCUUUGGGGCUUGGUGUCUUUGGUAGACUCUGCUGACUUACGAGAGAGGCUGAUGAGGUGAUGCUGGCUGGAGCUGAGCACAGAUCAGCACCUGAGGCUCUACACAGGCUGAUCCAAACCCCUGUGGGUGAACGAGGAAGGGUUCUGUAUGUCAUUAUUUCACAUCCCAAACAACAUCUGCCUUGCCCCUGGAGUUCCAUGUCCCUGAAAAUAUGCAUGCAGCCAUUCUGGGGUAGCUCCAGAAGUGCAGACUCCUGGUAGCAUGUGCUCCUGUCCGAGUCUGAUUGGGAUCUGUGAGUGCUCCCCAUGGAGCUUGGUCUAGGAGCAUCCCUUGUGUUACCUCUGCCACAGUCUGCCUCAGAAACAGCCGAAGUCUCUACAAACGCAGGCAAAUUUCAGACAGAGAAAAGGGUUUUGAAUCCUGUUUCCACAAGUACAUGUUUAUCCUGGUCUACUGGUUGACACUGGAGAAGUAAAGCUGCUUUAACCUCCCUGUCUUAGAGGGGUGCAAAGGUGUAAAUCUGACGUUUACAUACGUCAGAUGAGGUGCUCAGCUUUUCAGGCUGCUCUCCCCAGGAGUCAGGCCCAGUCUCCUGUCUGAGGACAGAUUUAUUAACUCGCUCACUCAGAAGCAGUCUCCACACAGCAUCACUGCCUGCUUCUCUAGCAGGUCAGCCAUGGCUCCUGGGUCACUCUGGGGGGACAGCUGUGUGACCCCGUGCACAGAAGACAAGCUGUGCACCAACUGCCGCAGUGCUGCCCAUCCCAUCCCAUCCCAUCCCACCCCCUCUGGAGUGCAGGCGCAGAGCUGUGGGCAGAUCCAGAGCUGGGAUGGAGACUGACAGGACUCUGGCUGAAGGGUCAGGAGCAGACAGGGGCCGACUCUGCUCAUCCCUGCAAACUUCUGCAGCCUCUCCAUGGAGAUGUUUCAGCUGCACUGGGGAGGAUCACAGCAGUCUCUCUCUCUCUCUCCAGACAUGCUACAUACAACAGUGACUGACUGUCCUGAGCAGGGCUUUGUCCCCUUCCCACCAGAGAACAUUUGCCUCAAUUUGAUGUCUGGGCUCAGGCCUGGUGGGAGAGAAGCAGUCCCACUGCCAACAGCUCUAGCAGACAAUGUGGGCCACAACCACAGCUGCUGUGCAUGUCACCACCAAGCCUGGGAGGACAUAACCAGUGGGAGAAAAGAGGAGUGAGAAGGGCAGUUGUUUUGAUGUUUCCCCCCAGGCAAGGAAAUGACCCCAUGAGGGGAAUAAUGGGACUUUUUUCCAUGAGAAGAAGUCACAGCACAUUGUGGCCUUCAGGGAACCUCAGGCUGGUGCAAGGAGGGGCCCUCACUCACCUCUGGCCCUGGGAGGUGCGGUGCUGGCAGAGUGCCUUGGGUGAGCCAGGUGCAGGCAGGGCCUUCCUGCCUCGAUGCUGGCACAGGGACAUGUCUGAGCAUGGCUUGUAGCAACCCUCGAUGGGGCCCCAGAGCAGAAGGGACAAUAGGAAACACCAGAAUUUCCCCUGCCCCACCAAGCUGAGCAAAGCAGAGGUGGGAGUGGGGCUGGAUGCUGCUGGUGGCUUCCAUGGUGCGUGGUCUGGCCAUGUACUUCCUCAGGAUGGACAGGGCUGGAGGGAAAAGGCAUAUUUGAUUGGAGAGCCAAACUGGUCAGAGACCCAGCCUGGGAAACCUGUCAAGAGGGUCCCAGUGCUCCACAACAUGCAGGCAGUGGGUGUGUGCAGGCCCGCUAAGGAGGGCCCCUGGCCCCAUCCCUCCCUGAUGCUCAGUGCAGUCACUGGCCCAGCACAAAACCUGCAGAGACCCAGCAUGCAUCACCUGUGUGAAAAAGAAUGUCAUUUUCAUUGCCAAUGCCAUUCCUGGUCUUCCCUCUUCCCGCAGAUGUGAGAGGAUGGCUUUUUGGUCAGCUUCAUGUGUUUGUGUAGAGUGGCUCUGUCCUUUCCUCCAGGCAAGGCAGGCUGGCCCCAGGCACCCCGCUGUCUUCUGGCACCUUCACUUCAGCAGCAGAUACAGGGGAAUUCACAGGAGUUAGAAUAAGGAGGGAGGAAAAAGCCCAAACCUGUAGGUUUCAGGAGUGUUAUCCUGUAUCUGAAGCAGGCUGUGACUCUCCUGUUCCCCUUAGUGAUGGGAAAGACCAAGCCUGGGAAGGAGUCAGUAAGUCUAACCCAGGCCACCCAGACCCUGCUCCAUCAGUAACUGGAAGAAUCAUAGAAAAGAACCUCUGCUGGCGAAGAAGACAAGGUCCUCCUGGUGGAUGGAGCCCAGAUGGUCUGAUGGAGAGGUGCAUCCUUCCCUGAAAAAAAUCUGACUGAGAUUAUUGGAUUUCAAUGAGAAGGAUAAGACCCAAAGACUGCUGAGCAGAGCAGGGGUGAGGCAUGCUCUUCCCCAGGCUUCCACAUGGCAGGAUGAGGACCGGCAAAGACAUCACUUGCAAGGGAGCAUGGCAGAGAGCUGGAAGAGCCGAAUACCACUGUUACUCAGUCUAGUAAUACCUUAAACUGUCCAGCUUCAUCUCUGCAGAGAAGCUGCCUCUCUAGGUGUUGGGGCUCUCACCCAGAUGCUGCACGCUCAGAAGCGAGAUGGUCUCCCAUCAGCAAGAGAAGGGGACAGGCCGUGCAGGGUAGGAGACCUUCCUGGGUCACCACCAGGCUGGGCCUUGGAUCGAGUCCCAUCAGGGUCAUACUGGGGUGGAGGGGAGGAGUACAUCUGCCUUUGUGCCUUGAGCGUGUGGGUAAUGCUUUUGAGGUCUGUAUCUCUCCUAUGGCAAGUCUUUGCAUGCAGCUUGGAGCCCUUCUGGAGGUAGUUGAGGUGGUGGUUAUGUACUCAUCAGUGGUUUGGGUUUUAGAAGGGGUGUGAUGCUGGGGAGUGUGAGUCAGCACUGUUGGGCACACCAUCCUUUGGAUGGCUUUUGGGAAGGCAAAAGCUGUAGAGCAGCUCUUGAGAUGGUCCUGGACUCACCUGAUGUACUAUUUGCCCUGGAGCAAGCAGCCCAGGAGAAAGGAGGCAAGUCCCAUAAGGAUCUACAUAGGAAAGGAUCUACAUAGGACUACAAGACCCUGAGUCUACAUAGAGUCUACACAGGACUCUUAAGACCCUGACUAGGGACAGCAAGGGCUCCUGUUGGGGCAAGACCAUCUCCACUGUACCUCUUUGUCUAAGAGCUGUGUCUGGACUCCAGACACUGUCUAGAGGAAGUCUUCGGAGAAGACUUCCACACACAUGAUGGGUAUCACCCAAGACACGUGCAUGAGUGCGGCUUCAAGCCCUGACUUUGGCCUCGGGGCUGGAGUUGUCCUCUCUGGGGUGCAGUCAGGCCUGGCUGCACACACAAGGACUGUGUUGCUCCACAGCCCUCAGGGCAUCCCAGCAAAGUGCAGAGGGGCCAGGCUGGGCUUUCCUCUUGCAGUCCUUCCCCAGUCAGAGCUGCUACCGCCCUGCAACGUGCAGCCACGUGGAGAAGGAGACAAGGGGGGAGCUCCAGGGAAGGCGGAAACAGCCUGCAGCGCUUGCUGUGCCCCUGCGGGACUUGGCAGCAGGAGGGCAGGAGGGUCUGUGUCCUCCUAGGGACAGCACAGGUGGCUCCAGCCUGGCACCAGGCUGCCCUUCUCUCGGAGCAGUGUGAAGAUUCAAUUUGUCUCCCCUGCCUUACAUUGGCCCCACUAAGCAGGUUUUAAUUUUGUUAAAUAAAUAUAAAGUAAUGGCAGUGGGGAUAGGAGCCAAAUGGCCUGGAGACAUCCUGGAGAGCCAGAUGAGAUCUGCAGCAAGGCAGGGCUCCCUGCAGGAGCUGGGCAUCCAGCAGAGCCUCCCAGGGAGGGAGGGAGCGGGACUAGUGGGGCGGGCCUGGGUUUGCUGGCAUGGAGCAGAUGCAGCUCCAUGCUGCUGUGUGCUUGCAGCACCUCCCUGCCUUCAGAGCAAUUUCUAUAUGGCUGCUAAGCAUCACUGUCAGAAGCAUGCUCAUCUUCCACUCCUAAUUAGUGGAUCAGACAGUAAUUUGUAAUCCUUUUGAAUGGGACUAUCUUAGCAUCUAGCACUGGAGCCUGGGAAUGACAUGGGGGAGGGCAGAACAGAACAGAGCAGAGGUUGAUCCAGCAGGCAGGGCUGAGAGGAGUGGAAAGCAGAAGGGCUUUCUUCAGCCCCCUUGGUGUGCACAAGUAUCACUGCCUCCUGCUUCUGUGGUCCAAUGCACCUUCCUCUUCCUUCUCUCCUCUCCAGAGUUUUGGCAUUUUCAUUUUUCUCUGUGUGAAGUAAUCAGCAUGGCAGCCCUGGCGGGCUCACCACUCAGUUCCUGCUCCCCAUCGAGGCUGGUGGGGCUGCAGGGAAGUGCACCUGUCAGGAGCUGGAGCCCCGCACCCAUGGCCAGGCAGCUGGUCACAGCCGUGCCAGGACAAGGAAGGCCCCCCAGUGCAAACCUGCUCCUGUGGGGCUGGGAGCAGGUCUGGCCUUUCUUGUGCUGGUUUGCAUUUUGCAUUUUCAAGGGUGAGGAUAAGAUGGCACCUGGGAGAAGAAGAAGCAGCAGCCAACAAGCUGAAAAAUAAGAUGCAAAGAGUCUGAGCUCACAGGGGCUUGGGAGAAGGUAUGAGGGCAGUGUGUGGAUCUGUCAUAGAUGGGCAGCAGGUGAUGGCUCCGGGCCAGCAUGGAGACGGGUUGGACUGGCAGCAAAGUGCAGCAAAUGAAGAAGAGGCUUGGUGUGAUGGCCACAGCCAGUCCCAAGUGUUAACAGCUCUGUGUGGCCUUACUCAUGCUCCAGGGGGUCAGAAGAGGUUGGGAUGGCAAUGGAGGCUCACAACGGGAGUGCAGCAGUUUCUGUGCAUGUGCUAGAGCAGCGGAGGGGAGGGCGGUUGUGCUGGAAGUGGGGCUGGGCCAGGGACGUCUGCAGGCAUGGGGUGACAGCUGGUGUAGAGCUCACGGGAAGCUCUGGGUGACAGCGGUGGUAGGCAGGAGUGGGGCUUUGUGUAGGCUGAGGGGGCCAAGGAGUAGUCUUGCUGUGCUGCAUGCAGCGCUGACCACAUUAUGGGUGGCACUGAGCAACUCCUUGCUGUUGGCUGGUGUCUUUAGCAUCAAUUAAUCUGGUAAAAGCUUAUCUGUCCUGAAUGCAUUAACCUUUAUAAAUGACUUAAUGUAAGGUACAACCACAAAGAAGGGGAAGGGUCAUGGGGGUGGUGCAGAUGCAUUUGAGUUGUCACCUUGGGCCCCAGUGGCAUGAAGAUCCUGGCCCCAGGGGCCACAGCCUUGAGGGGGCAGGUGCCUGGGGGGCAGACGGGGGAGGGAGAAGGGGGAACAGAGCCGUCCCAGGUCAUGGAGCAGAGAUCUUGCUAGACGAAAACAGCUACUACCAGUGACUUCAAGGAACACCGCUUCCCUACUGCAUUUCUACAGCCUUUAGAAGAAAGUGUUUAUAAUAGCAUCAGUGACUCACUGAGCG